AUGGGGUUUCUUGAUCAUCUUCCUCAAUGUUUCACUGCUUCAUCACCAAAGAAGAAAUUUAUGCCCAAGCAGACAGUUGAUAUCUGGGUGAAAAUGGACUGUGAAGGUUGUGCAAGAAAAGUUAAAAAGGCAGUGGAAGACUUGGAAGGGGUAGAAUCAGUAGAGGUAAACCAAAAGCAACAGAGGGUAACAGUGACUGGUUACAUAGAUCCAAAUGAGGUACUGGAAGAAGUUCAGAACACAGGAAAGACAGCAGACAUUUGGUCCUUUGAUCCGUACAACUCAGUGACAUAUCCUUAUGUAGAUGGGGCUUAUGACAUCGAAGCACCAAUUGGUUUCGUCAGGAAUGUUCCUCAAGCAAUGGAAGACCCUAAGUCUCCAGAGAUGAAACUUAUGGUGCUCUUUAAUGAUGAUAACCCAAAUGCAUGUUCAAUCAUGUAA